AUGGGGCUUGAACCCACGACAUUCAACAUCAAUAGUCUGAUGAUAAGACAGACAGGAAGGGAGGAGAGAGAUGAUGAUCAAGCAGCUGCAACUGCAGGCAAUGGUCAGGAGGAGGGUUGGCUUACACAGGUGGUCAGGAUACUACAGUUGGCAAACCCGGUGCUGACAGCAGAGGAGGCAAUUGUACGGGCAAUGGGUCUUGUCAGCAUUAGCAAUCAAGCUCCAAGAGGGGAGGCAGAGAAGAUUCCCAAGGAUGUCUUGAGUGCCAUUGCACACAUUAAGAAACUUAGUGACAACAACUGGCACACCUGGGAGCCCACCUUUAUCGACUGUCUGCAACAGGUGCAUAAUGCAAAGGAAAUCUUAUAUGGCAAAAUAGCACCUGGAAGUGAGGGAUAUGAUGAGGACCUGGACAAGGUGCUGGUAGGUCUUAUCCAUGCUUGCUGUGAUCACAGCCCAGAAAGCUGCAUCAACACAUACACCAUCAGGGGUGCAGAUGAGGAGGCCCAACUUGGAAGUAUGCUUUACACUAAGCUUAGGAAGGCACUAACAUUGAAUGACAUGGUGAAGCGAGCGGGCCUGCAGGACCACAUCCACACCAUGUGUCUGUACAAUCACGAUGUAGUCAGGCUAGGCAAGGAACUUGACUCCAUUUGGAACGAUGCUGCAUGUUUUGGGAAGCGCCUUGAUGAGGACCUAAAGAAAUCCAUGCUCUACCAUUGCACGGCACAAGAUUGGUUCUACACUAAUUCCAUUGAUGUGCUCAAGACGGCCAAACCAGACUGUAAGUAUGAUGAAGCCUACCACACACUUGCCAAGAAACAGCAGGAUGGUGAGAUUUCAGGUCAUAUCAGAGGAGCAGCCAGGGUUGCUACAAGCAUGGAGCAAGGGGGUACUGGUCAGGUGGAGCAGGGGUACUGGUCAGGUGGAGCAGGGGCCCAGAGGCAGGAAGAACUCGGGUGCACCUUCCUAGCAAUCGACAGGGGGGAGCAAUCAGCAUACAACACCUGGAUUGUUGAUUCAGGUGCAACUCAUCAUAUGGUAAAUGAUGAGAGAAUGCUGCUCACCUCGACAAGCAAGGACAGUCAGAGCAGUAUGGCAGGGGAUGAAAAGCUUCAGGUAAAAGCCAUAGGAGAUGCCUCCCUUCAGGUUGGUGAGGCUACCAUCCAGCUAUUGGAUGUGCUCUAUGUGCCGAAGCUCAAUUCUAAUUUAUUGUCCGUACAAGGCUUGAUCGAGAAUGGUGCAUGA